AUGGCCAAGCCUCAGGAGGCAGGCUGCCUCAGAGAUGAUGCACAGAUUGCUGAGGUACUGCGCAUGGCUGAAGAGACAGUAGGUGGCUUGAGCGAUUGGCAGCGUAGCUUUUGCACUCCUGAGGUGUUGAGAAGGUACUUAAACGGCCGGAAGGGAGACCCUUGUGCAGCGGCAGAGAUUUUGGCGAAGUCCUUGAUCUGGCGAGAACAGUACAAGGAUGUUCUGACCGGAAGUAGAUUGCCGAAGUGGCAGGGAGACUUCAGACUUUUGUCCCAGUCCGAGGAUGGCCAUCCCCUUUUGUACCUGUGCUGUCAGCACCAGACACGCGCCUUCAACGUGUCCGACACUUUGGAGCACGUUGCAGCGGUGCUGGAGACAGCUGUGAAGACGAUGCCCAAAAGUGUCCAGCAGAUGGAUGUGGUUGUGGACUGCCACGGCUUCUGCUUGCGAUACAACAUGGACCCCCGGGUGGUCAUUGGUAUCGCCGAACUCCUGCGCCAACCCUACAGGGACCGCUUGAGGGUUGUUAUGAUGGUGGAUGCGCCGAUGAUGAUUCAGCCGGUUUGGAGUAUUGUUUAUCCUUUGUUGCCGCCUGCUACACAGAAAAAGUUUCGGUUUUUGAACGCCGAUGAAGCAGGGCUGGCAUUGAAGGAACUGGGCAAGGACUGCGCUUCUACCGUGUGGCAAGUGAUGCAAAGCAAUCGAGGUCUACGUGGUCUCAAACCUUCCAAGCCCCGAAUGCCUAGUGAACUGUGCCAAAGCGGCCAGAUUUCAAAGUGUCAAGAAUUAGAUGACAUUGAUGCGGGCAUCCAAAACAGUGCCGAGAAAUGUGGGAUUGCACAGAACAGCUGCAGACCAGAGCCUGGAGCACUCCGCUCCUGGAGUUUUUGCCGUCGGCGCAUGCGGCCGAGGCGCCCUGACUAA